ACAUUGUGUAUCCCACUUUGAGACAAAAACAUUGAAAUUCCAAAUUAAUGUUCCUUUCCUAAUAUGAGUAAUAAAACUGAUGUUAUUGGAUUGAAGAAUUUCUUUAUAUUUAACUCUUUAUUAGGCCCAAAAGAAGGAGAGGAAUUAAAAAAGAUAUUGUACUACUACCCCAUAACUGAUAACACAGAUGUCCAAAUAAAAAAUGUUGGUCUCGUCGAAGGAAUUAUUCAGUUUACUGAGACUUUUAAGCCUAUCACCUCGGUUAGUUCAUUACAUACAAAUAAAACAAGGCAACUAUUUUUUCAGCCUGAGAAACAUUAUUGGAUAGUUCUGACAUUAUAUAUACCAACUGUCAUUAAGACUAAAGAUAAUGCACAAAGUGAAGAGUAUUUGGAAGAUGAUUUACAGGAUAAUGUUUAUGAAGCCGUGCUGAAGCAAGCUUACUAUAUGUAUAGAUUGUUUUGGGGAACUUUUGAAGGUGCAAAAGAUACUGGAACGCUUAAGAUGACUUUAGAAAUUUUUUAUAAAGCUUACUUGAAAUCACUGAAACUGGCAAAUUCAGACAUUCUGAACAUAUUCUCCGGAAUCCAGUAUCUGCCUUUAGAUAAACAAACAUUCCUAAAAGUGCAGUGUUUUAUAAAUUUCUUAGAAUCCACUUACCCUGUAAUCGAACAUACAGCCUACCUUUAUAACGACCAUUUGAUAUGGAGUGGUAUUGAACCGAGUGACAUGCAAAUCGUUUACCAGUACUUGAUAGGAACAUUAUUACCGGCCAACAUUGAGACAGAAUUGCAAGGAGGUUCUAUGCCUAGAAAUUCCUCUUCCCCUUUUGCUGCUCUACGACACGGGCGAUUUAUUACAGGACCGUCAAAUUUGAAACUUGCUAAAACUGUUGGAAAAGUUCCGAAAGUUUUUAUGUUUAGUAGCGGGAAACCAGAGGAAUAUUAUUUAGUUGUAUACAGGGCUUUAAGCGCUUCUGUAUGUUUAUUUAUAAAAGAUGAUACAGAAUUGACAGUAGACUUAUUUAAAGAACUGGACGAAUUUAUUAGCCCAAAAUUAGUAAAUAUUGUGUCAGAUAUAGCAGAGUACUGUUCGAAACAAGUUGUGACUCCCUCCAAUUUACCUGAAAACUCCCCACGAUUCAUUUACUUCAACAAGAUGAAUCUCGCAUAUAAAAGUACAGUGCACCUAGAUAAUAAACAGACAGGAAAUUUGGCUUGUAAUAAGGAGUCCGUUAGAAUAAUGGCGGACAUGAAUAGCAAAAAUUCGGUAUUGGGACAAUGUGGGGAAACCAUCGUGAAGACGAUGAAUGACUAUUGGGUGGUAGGUAAAACGUCAAAUGCGAGAGAGUUUUAUAUAGCGCUUCAGCAGAAAAAUGCCAGCCUAAUAGACGUUAGCGUGGAGGUCAAGAAAUUAUGUGAUACUGAACUGAAAGGUAUAUUCUUUCAUCCAAUGUGAUACUUUUUUCUUAAGAUUGUCUCAUAAUCUUACUUGUAUGUAUGUAAUCAUAUGUAUAUCAAAAUAAAACUGUAUAAGCAUAAAA